AUGUCAGGACGUGGAAAACAAGGUGGUAAGGCUCGGGCUAAGGCGAAGACCCGCUCUUCGCGGGCCGGGCUCCAGUUCCCCGUGGGCCGAGUGCACCGCCUGCUCCGCAAGGGCAACUACGCCGAGCGGGUCGGGGCCGGCGCGCCGGUGUACCUGGCGGCUGUGCUGGAGUAUUUGACGGCCGAGAUCCUGGAGCUGGCGGGCAACGCGGCCCGCGACAACAAGAAGACCCGCAUCAUCCCGCGCCACCUGCAGCUGGCCAUCCGCAACGACGAGGAGCUCAACAAGCUGCUGGGCAAAGUCACCAUCGCUCAGGGUGGUGUUCUGCCUAACAUUCAGGCGGUGCUGCUGCCCAAGAAGAGCGAGAGCCACCACAAAAUCAAGGGCAAGUAA